UAUACAUUGAGGAAUUCUUUACUAAACGUGUUAACUGAUUUCAGAACGCAGCUGUUACAAGUUAUUCGAUGUGUAAUCUCUGAUAGUGAACGUCCUCUUUUCCAUAUAUUCGUCUCCAAUGGAAAUACGUUCAAGAUGGCGUCGCUCAUUGACAACUAUGAGCAACAAUACGCCGUUUUGACAGCUGACAUUACUGCAAAAAUUGGUAGAAUAAGAACACAAAGCGGCAAUGAGAAAAGGCUGUCCAUUCAAGAUGUGGAUAGGCAGAUCGAAGAGGCUCAAGAACUGCUCGAGCAAAUGGAAUUGGAGGUUCGUGGGGUGAAUGGUGCAGCACGUGAUCGCUUGCGCGGUCGAGUAGAGAGUCAUAGGGCAGAAUUAAAACGAUUGACACAAGAAUUUCAAUCAGCCAAAAAGGCAAAGGAUGAAAGUAUUGAAAUAAGCAGAGAAGAUUCAUGGGAGAAUAAUAUUACAGAGGACCAGAAAAAAAGAUUAUUAGAUACCUCAGAACAAAUAGACCGCACAGGUAGAACUUUACAGAAUGGAUAUCGAAUGGUAUUAGAAACAGAAGAAAUUGGUUCUCAAGUAUUGAAGGAACUGCACGAGCAAAGAGAGACAAUUCAAAAAGGAAGAGCAAGGUUACGAGACACGGAUGCAGAGCUAGGUCGUGGUUCACGUUUACUCUCGGGAAUGAUGUUUAGAAGUCUUCAACAAAGAAUUGUUCUAGCAGUAGUGGCAUUAACGCUUAUAAUUGUUAUUUGUAUUGUCAUGUACUAUAGCUUUAAAUCUAAAAGCUAAAGACGAAAGUAGAACGAACGUUUUGGUUGGGAGAUAUUGGUUCAGAAGCCAUAUUUAAUAUUCACUCAAUUUCAGGUAUUAUGAUUAUUGAAUACAAUGUUUGUUAGGGGAUUAUUAAAUUACACACGAAGGAAUGUUAUAUAUCAUCCUUUCAUUAAUCUUUUCACUCAUUUGGAGCAUUUAGUAUCAUUAUAAUUUAAGCCUCCUAUGCUCACUAGUGUUAAUCACAGUUCCGUAUGGAUUCAAUAUAUAUUUAAUGUUACCACACAAGAAGAAACGCUUAAAUAUGACAGAAUUACGUCAAACAGUGAGAGAAAAGUUCUAAUGUAUUAUUAAUAAUUAUAAAAAGUUAAUCUGUCCAGCGCCGUAUGUGAACAUUGUUCACAGGAACAAAAUUUAUUAAAAUGUUCCCAUGUAUUUAGAAUCAUUUUGUAGUAUGUUUUUAAGUUGUUCGGUUUUGCAAUCUAUUUAUUACAUUAAUCUCAAGUUCGUUUUACACAUUGCACAUAUACCCGUUCGCAUUUUACGGUAAUAAAUGAUUAUUCGUUUUUAAAUAUCCUACUUUGUACUAGAUCAUAAUUCAGAAUUCAUUUGACUAUUGUUAUCGAUAAAAAUAUACAUCUAUAAUGUACCGUUAAGUGUGUCAUAAAGGCGGUAAUAAUUUGUAUCAAAAUACAGGAAUAGGGAGACGAAGAAAUCUGUAAAUACACGCGACAAAUAUCGAAGGAUGACUAUAGUCAAGAGAAAACGAGACGCACCUAAUAAUAACACAUUUUAUUAUAAUGUUAUCGAUUAUCUUAAUAGCUUAAACGGUGCUUUUCUUCUGCUUUUUUUUUUGCGCCUCUAUGUAAUUGUGAAGAAAAUGAUAUAAUAAAGUAUCGCGGGAUAACAAAUA